AGAUAAAACCUCCCUCUCCUUCGCCCAUGGCGAGCUCCGCCUCCAUGGCCACGAUCUCCGCCUCCUCCUCCUCCUUCCCCUUCUCCCCUCACUCGAACUCUCGAAACCCUAGACGAAGAGUCCCUCCGAUCACCAUCUCCACGAACCCCUCCCACCUCGACCCCCUCCAGCUCCGCGACCUCCUCCUCUCCUGCAACCUCUCCUGCGACCGCUUCCCCCUCGCCGGCCCCUGCGGCCGCGCCGAGCCCGUCGACGCGCGGAAGCUCCGCCGCGCCCUCGCCCACAGCUUCGUCGUCGUCUCCGUCUUCUGCAGGGCCCAAUUCUUAGACCGGGACGACGAGCGCGAUGGUCCAGGGCUAGGGUUAGGAUUUGAAGAGCUCUUCGAGAGGGCGCUCCCCGUGUCGGGGUCCGAUCACCGGUUGGUGGGGUUCGGGAGGGCGGUUUCGGAUGGUGGCCUCACCGCUUCGAUUCAUGAUGUGGUGGUCAAUCCACUACUACAAAGGAGCGGUAUUGGUCGAAAAAUAGUUGAAAGAAUUAUCAGGGUACUCACUAGCAGAGGCAUAUAUGACAUAUCGGCCUUGUGUACAGAAAAGGAGAGGUUGUUCUUCAAGGCAUGCGGUUUCGGGGAGGACUCUUUGGGGUCUACAACAAUGAUGUACACUCGAACCGCCCCCAAGUUCUCUCAAGACAAUAUGACAGUGAGACCCGCUGGUAGAUUGCUGUUAUUGGUUCCGCCACUUUGUCGACAACUACACGCAUCUAAGAAGAUUAAAGUUCAUAUAAAUGAACCAAAAACAGUUUAGUGAGGUGGGAAUUUACAUUAAGUAUUUUCCUUUUUCUUUUCAACCAAAAGGGCUUGUUCUUUUCCCUCUAUUUUAAUUUGAUGAACAAGUAUUAAGUCUCACUUGUAAGUUGCGCUUUCAAAGUUUGUCACAAGGAUUUAGUGCCUAUCGGCACGGGCCGUAUCUACCAGGCCGUAUCGUGUCAACAAAAUAUCAACAUGAUACAGCCCCGUGUCGAUUACAUAAUUUAAAACUCUUCUUUCUUUAAAUUAAUAAGUAAUUUUUUCAAUAAAGUUAAAAAAAUUUGAUAAAAAUAUAUAAUAAAUAAUUAGAAUAUUUUGUUAGUAAAAAAAAAAGUAUUUUAUGCUAUUAUGUGUCAGCACACAUGUAUGUUUUUUUACCAGCACACACCGUGCCAUAUCGUGCCGACAAGGUUUCGGCACGACUCCAUGCCACUGCAUGAACCUUGGUUUGUUGUAUCCGAUAUUUGAUCUUUCCAGUUGUCUAGCUAUUAGAACAUACUUUCUUUGGGUUCAUAUUUCUUGAGAGCUAAAGUAUGGCGUGCUUAGAAGGGAAGCAUGAAAAUUGAACAGAAUCCUAAACUCGUGUUUCCCUUCUUCUGGCAAGGUGGAAUCUCAAGUUUCUUUAAAUUAGUUUUGUUGAGAGCUGAUAACUUUCUUUCGCUUUCAUUUUACAGUGGAAGUUGUCUUUACAAUUUUUUUUUUUCCUUGUCGUUUUAUGUUGAUGCAGGCAUAAGUAAACCACAUAAAUUCGCCUCUUUUAUUUUGUA